CUUUUUUCAUGGGAGAAAGGAUAAAGUCAUGGCCAUGGGAGUGAAAAACGACAUAGAAUGAGAAUUUUACCUCAAUUUUCAUUUUAACAAGUGUGUUGCUUGCUUGGCCAGUAGUUAAAAUUAUGGGCCAUGUUUUAUAGAGAAACCAUCACUCAUCUUUCUCUCGUUACAGAUUUGUUUGGUGGCAUCUGGCAUCUCUACAGUGGUCCCUUGUUUUUACUUUCUUUUAUCAAAAUUUCACGAUUCUCACUUUUUUUUUAUGUGGGUUUUGUGUUCUUUGUAGUACCAAAAUCAAGCUUUUUAAAUGAUUCUCUUCUAACCCAGAUUUUUUUUUUGGUUUUGCUCUUCAUUUCAAGCUCUUCUUUACAUGGUUUGAAUAAGGAAGCUGGUUUUAUUAGCUAGUAGAAGAGAGAAGAAUUGGUGUGAAAGAUGUCUUCAAGGUCAACUCAAAAGACAAGUAAGAUGUCUUCAAGGUCAACUCAAAGGACAAGUUCUAGGGGUAGUUCGGCUCGUUCAAGACAUGAUGCCCUGGUAAUGGCUCAGACCCCCAUUGAUGCCAAGCUUGCCUUGGAUUUUGAAGAGUCGAAGCGCCUGUUUGAUUAUUCAUCCUCAGUUGAUGUCAAUCUGUCAACCUCUACUAGCAAUAUUUCUCCUUCAACAGUAUCCUCCUAUCUUCAAAAGAUCCAAAGAGGGAGCCUCGUUCAGUCUUUCGGGUGUCUGAUUGCCAUUGACGAGCAGGACUUUCGUGUCCUUGCGUAUAGUGAAAAUGCCCCUGAUAUGUUAGAGUUGACUUCAAAUUCUGUCCCUAGCAUCAAACAGCACGAGGCUCUAAGUUUUGGAACCGAUGUAAGAACACUUUUUAAAGAAUCAAGUGCUUCUGCACUGCAAAAAGCUGUACAUCUUCCUGAGGUUAAUCUUCUCAAUCCCUUGCUUGUUCAUUGUAGCAACUCGGGCAAACCUUUUUUUGCCAUUCUACAUAGAAUUGAUGUGGGGUUGGUAAUCGAUUUGGAGCCAGUAAAUGUUGAUGAUACAGACAUAACCACUGCAGGAGCUUUAAAGUCUUAUAAGCUUGCAGCUAACGGGAUUUCUAGAUUGCAAACAUUACCCAGCCAUAACAUUCACCUUUUGUGUGAUGUUUUAGUUAAUGAAGUGAAGGAGUUAACGGGCUAUGAUCGGGUUAUGGUGUAUAAAUUUCACGAUGAUGAGCAUGGGGAAGUGAUUGCUGAGUAUUGUAGGCCUGAAUCGGAACCUUAUCUUGGUUUGCAUUAUCCAGCAACUGAUAUACCACAAGCUUCAAGAUUUUUGUUCUUGAGAAAUAAGGUGAGGAUGAUAUGUGAUUGUCUUGCUUCUCCUGUAAAGGUGAUUCAAGAUGAAAAACUGACUCAACCACUGAGUCUUGGUGGAUCAACCUUAAGAGCUCCACAUGGUUGUCAUGCACAGUAUAUGGCAAAUAUGGGUACUUCUGCAUCUCUUGUAAUGGCCGUGACAAUUAAUGAGGAAGAUGAUGAGGUUAAUGAUGGAAGGAGAGGAAGGAAAUUAUGGGGCUUGGUUGUGUGUCAUCACACAAAACCCAGAUUUGUUUCAUUUCCUCGAAGAUCUGCAUGUGAGCUUUUAGUUCAGGUAUUUGGCAUACAGAUAAACAGGGAAGUUGGUUUGGCUGCUCAAAUGAGAGAAAAACACAUUUUGAGGAUUCAAACUGUGCUUUGUGACAUGCUCAUGAGAGACUCCCCUAUAGCCAUUGUUUCCCAAUCACCUAAUGUAAUGGACCUGAUUAAGUGCGAUGGUGCUGCGCUCAUUUUUAAUAGCAAAGUAUGGCUACUUGGUAAUACUCCAACAGAGGAACAGCUUAAAGAUUUAUCACAGUGGCUUGUUGAUCACCAUGGCUCCACUAAAGGAUUCAGUACUGACAGCCUUAAAGAAGCUGGUUAUCCUAGUGCUUCACAACUUGGGGAUGCAGUCUGUGGGAUGGUUGCAGUUAGAAUAACUUCAAAAGAUAUCCUGUUUUGGUUUAGGUCUCAUACAGCAAAGGAAGUAAAAUGGGGUGGUGCAAAACAUGACCCUGUUGACACUGAUGAUAGAAGAAAGAUGCAUCCAAGAUCAUCAUUUAAUGCUUUCUUAGAGGUGGUCAAGUGGAGAAGUCUACCUUGGGAAGACAUGGAAAUGGAUGCUAUCCAUUCAUUACAGCUCAUAUUAAGAGGAUUAUUGAAGGAUAGUGCUACAAAUGAUUCAAAAACCAUAACAAACAAUUCAAAAAUGAUUGUGAAUGUGCCCGGAGUUGAUAACUCACUAGUGAAUCAACUCCAAACUGUCACUGGUGAAAUAAUUCGUCUCAUUGAAACAGCUGCUGUCCCUAUUUUCUCUGUGGACGUGUUUGGUGUCAUUAAUGGAUGGAAUGUCAAAAUGACUGAGAUAACUGGUUUACUUAUAGAGAAAGCAGUUGGGUUACCUUUGAUUGAUGUUGUGGCUGAUGAAACAGUUGGAAAAAUUAAAAACCUGCUCUCCUUGGCUGUACAAGGCAUAGAAGAGAAAGAUGUCGAAGUAAGAUUAAGAACGUUUGGUUCCCUGGGAAAAAAUGAAAAGGGUAAUCCUGUUAUAUUAGUAAAUGCAUGUUGUAGUCGGGAUACAAAUGAAAAUGUGACAGGAAUUUGCUUUAUCGGGCAAGAUGUUACUUUACAGAAAAGCAUCAUGGACAAAUAUACUCAACUGCAGGGUGAUUAUACUGGAAUUGUGAGGAACCAUAAUCAUCUUAUUCCCCCAAUAUUUAUGAUGGAUGAGCAAGGUUUGUGCUUGGAGUGGAAUGGUGCAAUGGAGAAACUAUCUGGUUUUGGAAAAGAGGAAGUCAUAGGUAGGAUGCUUCUUGGAGAGGUUUUCACUACUGAAAGUAACGGUUGUCAGGUCAAAGAUCACGACACCUUAAUCAAACUCAGGAUACUUCUAAAUCAAAUAAUUGGGGGUCAGGAUGCAGAUAAAGUGUGUUUUAUGUUCUCAGAUCGGCAUGGUAAAUGUAUUGAUACAUUGCUCUCUGCAAGUCCACGGGCUGAUCCUGAUGGAAAGGUCACUGGAGUUUUGUGUUUUCUCCAUUUACCUAGUCCAGAACUUCAAUAUACCAUGCAUUUGCAGAGCAUUUCGAAAAAAGCGGCUGAGAAUACCCUACAUAAGUUGGAGUAUUUUCGUGAACAGAUCAAAAGUCCAAUACAAGGGAUGCUAUUUACUCGCAAUUUAGUGGAGUCAUUUGAGCUGAAUGGAGGGCAAAAGCAAUUGAUGGUAACGAGAGCAUUGUGUGAAGAUCAGUUAAUGAAGAUAACUGAGGACACUGAUAUCCCAAGUAUUGAGGAAGGUUACAUGGAAACCAAAACUGCUAAAUUCAAUCUUGCGGAAGUUCUUGAGGCUGUAAUGAGUCAGGUAACACCCUUUAGCCAGGAAAGCCAAGUGCAGCUCAUGCGCAAUUCACCUGCUGGUUUGUCCUCUAUGUAUCUGGAUGGAGACAAUUUGAGGCUACAACAAGUCCUUUCAGACUUUUUGGCAGUUGCUAUCCGUUUUACCCCUGCAUGUAGUGAAUCCUCUGUUAUGUUCAUGGUGAAUCCUAGAAGGGAAUCUCUAGGGAAAACAAUGCAGCUUCUUCGUGUUGAAUUUAGGAUUAUACAUCCAUCCCCAGGGAUCCCAGAAGAUCUUAUUAAAGAGAUGUUCCACCGUAGCACAGGCAUGUCAAGAGAAGGACUGGGCUUGUACAUUAGCCACAAGCUUGUGAGAAUCAUGAAUGGCACUCUACAAUAUCUUAGGGGAGAAGAUCACUCAUCUUUCGUCAUUCACCUAGAAUUUCCACUCGUCCAAGAUAUUGGCCACAAGUGAAGUUACUUUACAGCAAGACAACCAUCAAAACGGGGAAGCUAUCUCAACCCAGUUCCGAAGAGGGCAAUUCAAGAACUGAACUUCGUAGCCUUGCACCAAUAAGAUUAGGUGAGGCUUCUGAUGAUUUAGUGGGAUGUCUGCUGUUUUAAAUUAUUCUGCAAGACAUUGCCUACGAUUCAACUUGCAGGGGAAUUGGCUUUCCAUGAUCCAUUUUGCAGUUCAAGCCUUACUUUACAUUGCGAAAGUUUCACUUCUAACUAGGGCGGUGUGCUAUAAACUCUGUGGUCUUUUACCAAGUCUCAACUGCUGGCGCCGACACCUUUGGACUAGUAGAGGAUAGGCUACAGUGUUCUACUUUUAACUCUAAGAAAAAAGUAAGAUUGGAUUUCUAAGAGGCACAUUCCCCUUGCUUCUUUUUUUCCCUACUUGUAAGUUUCUGUGCUCUUUCCCAGUUUCUAAUUAACAAGAACGUGGUGAUUUAGGAAAUAAAAUAUAUAUGAUUACACUGAUGCCUUUUCACCUCCAACGAAUUUGCAUGGUAAGGAAGUUUAUUGCAUGGAUUUAGAAUAAAAGGCAUCAAUUCUGGAGAGGGAGCUAACGCAGCAGGUUUUGACAGAACUUUGGUUCUUUUGACCUUAAUCUGGUUCCUGGUUUCUUUUUAUUCUUUUUUCUGGGACUCAUAUAUUGUAAGUGGAGCUUAAGCCCUGUUAAUUACGCUUUAGAUCUUUUACAUGCUCAGCUAGGAGGGCCUGUCAUUUUGUUUAUUCAGUUUACUGGAUUCUUCCCUUGGUCUCUUUCAAGUAUGCUGAUGGUCAUGUUCUUGGAGUAUUCUUUCAAGUAUUCUUUAAUGGUUUGGAGUGAAGUUAUCACUGAUGUUCACUUUCUCGUAUACUCGUACAAAGUGCAAUUCUCUGUCUCAAAAUAAGUAAGCAUAUUGGCAUAUAAAUCUGGAUUUAGGUAAUAUCUCUGAAUACAUGAAGCAAUCCCCAAUAUGGAUGUACAUGUAGGUGUUUCGUAGCUUUGUAAGGAAACUUAGCCCUGGUAAAUGUCUCGUACCUAAAUCAAACCCCAGAGUACUAUGAUAAUGUGCCAACCAUCAAAGAGAUGAUAAUCUUGUCAUCCUAUGGAAUACCCGUGAUGCAAAGAUGAUGUUUCUCAGUCGCAUAACAUUUGGGUAUCUUGUUAACCUUUGUUCGCAUUAUUUUUCCUUUUUUUUGUUUUUGUUUUUUGUGAGUUGAGUAUUAGGGUGUAUCAGUCACCUGGCAACUGGAUGUAUUAUAUGUUUGUCACUUGUCAGUGGUUUAUUUCCAGGGUUGGCGUUUAAGGGAGUUGGCAGUAGAGUGUUAAGGCUAGGAACGACCUCAAAUGUGGAGAUUGAUGAUACUUCUACAACCAUCUUGUUUUAUUUGAGAGAUUGGUUUUCUGGGCUGAAGGAUGGUUUCUGUUUUGGUUUUGUGCACAUGCUUUUUCAAACAGAGUAAAUAUGAACUGAAGGGUACAUUUUGUACAUAUACUGAACAACUUGAGACGCUUAUAAAAGUGUGGCAUUAAUGGCUUUAGCAAGUUUUUAGUUUUAUUCUGGA